AUGGCGCUCGCGGCGAUUCAACCCCUCGGCGCGGUCGCGCUCUCGUCGCGUAAGCGGACGUGCUUCGCGUCCCGGUCGACGACGCGGACGCCGAGCCGGAACGCUCGGGCGCACGGCGUCGUCGAUGUCUCGGCGUCGGGGAAGAAGAAGGUAUUGAUCGUGAACACCAACGGGGGGGGGCACGCGAACAUUGGAUUUUGGUUGGCGAAGACGCUCGCGGGUGCGGGACACGAGGUGACGAUGAACGUCGUCGGAGCGGAGGACGAUAAGAAGAUGGCCAAGACGCCGUUUUCGCUCUUCGAUGAGAUUCGUUCCAUGGGCGUGACGACGACGUGGGCCGAUCCGGCCGAUGUGGCGACCAAGCACGCCGGCGCCAAGUUCGACGUGGUCGUCGAUAACAACGGUAAGGAUAUGGACACUGUUGGUCCGGUUGCCGACUUUGCCGUCGCCGCGGGCGCGUCUCAGUUCUUGUUUGUGUCAAGCGCGGGGAUUUACAAGCCCACGCCGUGCCCACCGCACGUGGAGGGUGAUGCCGUCAAGGAGACCGCCGGGCACGCCGUCGUCGAGGCGCACCUCAAGACGCUUCCGCUGAAGAUGUCCUCGUUCCGUCCGCAAUACCUCACGGGGUACGGCUCCAACAAGGACUGCGAGGAAUGGUUCUUCGAUCGCCUCGUCCGAGGUCGCCCGGUCCUCGUCCCGGGCUCGGGCGAUCAACUCUCUUCGGUGACCCACGCUGAAGACUUGGCAACGAUGAUCGCCGCCGCGAUCGGCAAUGACGGCGCCGCGGGUGAAAUUUUCAACUGCGUCAUGCCGAAGGCUGUCACGCUCAACGGGAUGGUUGAGCUCUGCGCCGCCGCCGCGGGCGUCGAGGCGAAAAUCAUCAACUACGAUCCGAAGGAUGUUCCGGACGUCGAAGUUAAAAAGGCGUUCCCAUUUCGCCCGAUUCAUUUCUACUCCUCCAGCGCCAAGGCGCAAAAGGUUCUCGGCUGGUCGCCGAAGCAUCCGGAUCUCGGCGCCGAGCUCAAGGAGCGAUUCGCCUACUACAAGUCCACCGGUCGCGACGCGAAGGAGAUGGCGUUCGAAGUCGACGACAAGAUAUUGGCCGCGCUCGGCAAGUAA